AUGAUAUCAAUAACAACUUCCUUCAAUAUUCAAACAUUUUUGGGUGAUAUCUAUGGAGAAAAUUUCAAUUCACCAACAUGCAUCUUAAAGGGACAUGUAUUUUAUGCAUUUAUUAACGCUUUAUACUAUAGUUUUGUAAAUCAAGCAUUUUAUCGUUAUUGUCGAAUAUUAUAUCCAAUGAAUCGUUGGUUUCAACUAUUAAGAGUAUAUCUAAUAAUAUUUUUCGUUGAAUUACUUUUAAUAAAUAUUAUUCUUUCUGUUCAAACUUAUAUUUGGUAUGAUAUUAUUUAUUUAAACAAUGAAUAUUAUUGUCUUUUGGAUUACAAACGUAUUCGUAGUGUAAUUUGGGUAGUUUUUAAUAUUUAUGCAAUACCUUUAUCUCUAAUAAUAGUUAUCUAUUUCCGAGUUGGAAGAUUUCUUCGUCGACAACAGACCAAUCACACAUUGAUGAUAAAACAACGUCAACAACGAGAUUUUAUUAUUCUUCGACGUAUUAUAAUUAUAAUCGGUAUAUUAAUUAUUCUCGGAGUUCCAACUAUUGUUCUUAUUUUCGUGUUUUUUAUAACAGGUGAAAUGCAUCCAUUAUUUCAUCGUGUGAUGUGGUUUGCUGUGAAUUUAUCGGCGAUGACAUUGAGCAUAUCAUUGGCGAUUGUUACACCACAAUUGAAAAAUAUGAUAUGGAAAAAAUUUCAACAAACUCAAAUAAUACCACUGCCUAAUGCAAUUACAAAUGAAAAGCAAAUGAGACAUAAUACAAUCGAUACAUAA